CUAUCGCCCACUGGCAGUCCAAGGAUCAGCUAGUCGUCUGCCCCCCUUCGACUUGGUAUCUUUCCGCUAGGGGAAGGUAGUUCCCACGAAUGGUUCAGUCUAAUAUUACUAGUCUCAGGGUUGCCUACUGCGCACUGUCUGCAAACGCCUACAGGAUGAACUGGCAAUCAUUGACGCUCUGUCUCUUGUGUUUAAGUCAAGUUUGUUUCGCCGACAAUGGCAUGGUUAUGUCCAUGGAUGAUGGCAUUACUCUUGCCGUAGGGAACAUGCUUUCGUAUCUGCACUUUACGCCAGGAGACACUCUCUGGUUCACUGGCUGGGUUCCUAAGAGCUCAGGAGCCAUGGUUGGCACAUGUAUCGCACUGUUUAUGUUGGCGGUGAUCGAGCGCUGGGUAGCGGCUUGCCGAGGAGUGAUGGAAUUCCACUGGGACCAACAGGCGAUUAUCGCUGCGUCGGACAAACUCGACACUCUGCCAACUCAGUCAUCUCCCAUUGGAUUCCUAAAGCGCUUCUCGCCCCCCUUUAUCCCCGCACAUGAUAUCUCGCGCGGGGUCAUGUUUGCAGUGCAGACGCUGCUGGAUUACCUCUUUAUGCUGACAGUUAUGACAUUCCAGCUAGGUUUCAUAUUCUCCCUUGUGGUGGGACUCGGAGUGGGAGAGACUCUUUUUGGAAGGUUUGGAAGUGUUGCGCAUGCGCAUUAAUUUCCGCACGUUCGUUUUGUAAGUAUAGAAUGGCCGUAAAGCAUCAUGUUUUCCUUGGUUAUGAUCAUGCAUGCCAAGCUGGGAUGCAGUGUAUGAUACGGACAACUCUCUAACAAUACAAAUAUAGCAUCACUUGCUGUGGGUAAGCAUGAUUCGGA